UCUCGCGCCCUUUCUUCUACUUUCCCUCCCUCCUCCUCCCGUAACAGAAUUUUCUCUUCUGCCGCCAAGCAAUCCAUAUCCACCCGCCCCCCGGUCUGGCGAGCGAACGGAUCCGACGCUCGCAGGAACGCCGUCUCGAUCGCGCGCGAAGCUCUCCAGGAUCCGCCUCACGUUCAACGCCCGUUUGGUUACUGGUCCCCUGUCUCGUUUCUUGAAUCUUGUCCGCGCGCGUGCUAGUCUCCAGGAUCUCGUUUCUUGAAUCGAUUUGGCUUACGGUUUCUUGUCGAUUUCCGGGUCGAAUUGAAUCGCUCUGUUUGCCCUAAUCUUUUUCGCAUCGAUUGUUUCUUGCUGUUCUUGAUGACUCUGACCGACAUGACAUCACCAGAGAGUAGCAGCGGGCGAUGUUUGUCACCGUCACCAUGGCCGCCGCUCCAGGAAGCCGGCUCGAGCCCCUACAUGCCGUCGCUCUGCUCGCCGUCCGGCAGCCCUGCCGUCAAGCGCUAUGGCGACAGGUUCAUCCCGAACAGGUCCGCGAUGGACAUGGACAUGGCGCACUACCUUCUGACGGAGCCGAGGAAGGACAAGGAGAACGCGGCGACGCCAUCGCCGGCCAAGGAGGCGUACCGGAGGCUGCUACCUAAGAAGCUGUUUAACAACCACACCAGGAUCCUCGCUUUCCAGAACAGGCUGCCUGUGCCUGCCAACAACUUCCUCGCAGAGCUGCGUGCUGAUGCGGCUUCCAUCCAGGACAAACCGGCGAAGCAGCGUCGAUACAUACCCCAGUCUCCAGAGAGGAUGCUGGAUGCGCCAGGCCUCGUUGACAAUUACUACCUCAACCUGCUGGACUGGGGAAGCGCCAAUGUGCUGUCGAUUGCACUGGGCAACACGGUAUACCUUUGGGACGCCUCAAGUGGCUCGACAUCUGAGCUCGUUACCGUUGAGGAGGAUGACGGCCCUGUCACUAGUGUUAGCUGGGCUCCUGAUGGCCGCCACAUUGCUAUUGGCCUCAUGUAAUGCCCCGGAUUUGACGCGUCAGGUGUCCGCCAGUUAUUCGUCAUCGUUGUCA